UUUACUAAGCGGAAAAAUGAUUGAUGUUGAAAUACCUGAGAACUGCACCAUUGGAAAUGUGGACUGGAAUUAUCCCAGAGGAGUAAUACUCUUACACCUGACCCGUGCCGACAGCCCAUAUCAGUUGUGUCUGCAGGGCACCUGGACAACAAAUCUUGGUGGAGUCUCCAAGGUGGUUAACGGGGUAGAGACUGUGCUCCCAUUACCUACGCGAGAUUCCCUAUCUUGUACCGAGGAUGUUGAUGGUAAAGCCCGGCUGUUGGUUAGCGCUACUAGCUCCCUACUCUACAUGACCGAGUUCGCCUUUAGAGUCGUUAAGCCAGGAUCUCCUUGA